UAUUGAUAAUUUCAGCGAAGGGUCACACUAUUAAUGAUUUUCCUGAAACGAGUUGACAGUUCAGUCUCCUGGUCUCUCAAUAAAAUCUAUUUUAAUGAAACUUGCGGCGUAAAAAGCAAUUGAAAUUGUUAGCUUUUCUUUUUAUUCUGUUCAAGCUUUAACUAAAAGUUCGACAAGAUGGCACGCCGCUCGAACUUUAUAGAGAGCAACGACAACUUUCGUGAGCAGAAUCUGCGAUUUGUGAGGAACGAGUUUGAGGACAACAUCAACCAGUUCUUCGAAGGGGCCAAUCCGAGCGGUGGCAACCAGCAGGCUCCUCCUCGCCGGGACUCGCUAAUUGUGCAGCCAACACCGGAUGGUCAAAUGGAGGGUUUUCGGAGCACUAACCUGGACGCACGGAGAAAAUUUCUCCUCGAGCUGGGCGCCAAUCGAAUGGUGGCCCAUGGCCUGGCAGUCCGCUCCCUCAAAGUCCCGGAGUUCAAUUUGCGCGACUUCCAGCGCCAGAGAUUUCGGCUCAGUGUCGAGCUGGGCGACAGCCAGCAGGGCGUGGUGGACUCGCAAGUGCUGCGCUCCAUUGGCGACUACGUGCAGGACUAUGAGCAGGAUCUCGUCAGACCACGCACUCCUCCGCCGCCGAGGAACAUAGAUUGGCACCAGCACACCCGCGAAGAAUCGCCGGAAAUGAGCCAGCGAUCUCGUCCGAGGGAGCGCCGAGAAGAGGGAAACUCUCAUGGAGGGCCGAGAGGAUUGAUGGAACAAAGUGGACAGGAUAGGGAACCAUUCCCCCGUAACCAGGGAGCCAUAAAUGGUUCGUUGGGCAAUCAGAACAAUCGCAGAAACGCCAACCAGACACCAGGAGGGGAGCCAAAUCGUAGAAAUCAAAAUACGAGAAACAAUUCCAACUCCCGGCAACAAAAUCUUCAGGGCAGGAACUCGAACCCGAUCGGUCAGCGGUUUGUUCACAAUUCGAACCAACCCGACUUCGAGCAAGACACUCGAAACCCAAACAAUCGCAACGCCAAUCAACCGGGGAAUGUCAAUCGAAACCCUCCCAAUGAGUCGAUUAAUGGUCGAGGCGUUAAUCAGGUGGAAUUUAACCGAAAUAACGUCAAUAAUGGGCCAAGUGGGCCGAACAAUCGCAAUCCGAACAAACCGAUGCAGAAUCGGAAUCCAAAUAACUAUCCAUUGAACCGCAAUGCUCGUAACUUGGAUCCACAAGAGAUGAAUCGUAAUAGUGGACCUCCAAGCCGCAACUUCCCAGAGAACUUUGGUUCCAGUCCCCAAAAUGUGGCCAUCCCCUUACCGAUUAAUCGAAAUGAGAAUCGCAAUCGAAACAAUCGAAAUAUGAACAUGAAUGAUAUGAGAUUGAAGCAGAGAAGUUUUGGAAACCCUGAGGAGUUCAAUCAUAAUAAUCCAAGAGCCCAAGACGAAGACUUCCAUCCAAACCAGCAGCAGCAAGGUCAAAACCGUCAGGGACCAAACCGCAACAAUCGAAACCAACAUAUCGAUUUUCGUGUCCAGCAAUCGAACUUCACAGACGAUAACUUCGGGACUGAUCAGAAUGAUUUUCAAGAAAGAGUGGACUGGGAUCCUGUGAUGGAGGAACAAGGCGACAUGGGUGUGGGCCACAACCCACAGAACCAACAUUUUCGUUCGAUGGGCCACGAUCCAAUUCGGCCCCCAAUCGGACGCCCCAACUAUCAGCGCAUUGUUCAUGACAACCAAAUCACCAUCUGUCGCACCGACUUGAUGGAUGCUCAUGAACGAGGCUAUGAGGAAGAGGAUCCAAGAAUUCCCUAUGGAAGAAAUGUUCAUCAGAUGGACAAUGAGCGUUUCCGCGGACCCCAGCGGUCUGGGAACUUUGAGAGACCCGGUUUCCGCGGCCCGGAUGAACCAAAUGAGCGUUUCUUUAAUCCCAAUCAGAGCUUCGAGGACCAUCCAAUGGAAGAAUCCUUCGAUGAUAACACUUUUGGACGCAAUGAUCGCUACUUGGAUGAGAAUCAUCGCCACUUUAAUAACGAGGAGGAGAGGGAACGGCGCGACUUCGCCGACCACUUCGAUCAGUCGGAUAGUGUGCGUGGUGGCGACAACCAUCGCCUUUCUCCACGAAAACAUGGUGCCGUCCGUGGCUCAAAUAACCCCAACAUUCCACGGAAUCAGUAUCAGGGAGAGCGCGGAUCGGGUUCGGUUUCCGGGCCGCCCAAUCGCCACCGCAACGACAACAUGGACGGGCCAAAUAAACCCAGGAAUGGACCAGCACGUCGACCCAGCCCAGGCCGGAAUACCAACCCGGGUGGACCAAAAUCCAAUGAUGGUCACAACAAGAAGACAGCACGAGACUAUUCACAAGCAAGUCAAGAUGGAAAUCCACCUGGUCGUGGUCCAAAAGCGAAACAACGUCAGGGUCCGAACCGAAACCCAAUAUCUGAUUCGUCGACAAGUCAUGGCCGAAACUCCAAUUCUGGCGCUCAGCAGCCAGCGGCCAAAAGAAACGCGAAUCCAAGAGUUGGCCAAAAGAGGGCUGCCGCGGGCUCUGGUCUAGAGGGCCAAAAGCGGCGAAGAGUGUCUACUAGUCGAAAGUUCAUUAUCGGCGGCUACAGCCUGCCGUACAUCGAAUCCAAUCGCCAGCCACUGCCUCAGCCCGAGGGCGAGUCCUACGCUGUGACUUUCUUCGAACAGCAACCGAACUACAACACCCAUCCGUACGCCAACGAGGACGGUACUGUUGACAAUCAUGAGGAGUCGGAAUCAGACUCGGAAUCAAUUGACUCGCACCGAUCGGACAAUAGGGGCGGCAAUAAUGGUGGACGGGCCUCGAAAAAGAUACGCACGCGUUUGCGCAAAAUGUGGACGAAGAUGUACAGGGAGAAGAAUUACAAGGACUGGAAGAACUGGUGGAAGGAUUUCAAGUGGUGCGGCGCCGAAAUCAACAAGAAACUUGAAAAGUUCGGAAACAUUAACAUCCAGCAUCGAUUUAUUCCAAAGUAUGGAAAGGCAUCGACGGAGCAAGUCGUCAAGAAGGUGAUAACGGCUGCCCACAUGGGCCUGGAGAAGAACACCAAUAAGGUGUACCGCAACAUGCGUUCUAUAUUUCUGCUCAUGAACGAGACUGUCCUGGACAAUCUGUCCGAGGAGCAGAUGCUGCAGGUGCAGGACCUCAUCCGCAGUAUUCCAAACCACUUGUGGUUGUACAAAAUCCGGAGCAUGGUCUUCCUCUGGAAGAUGUUCCAUGACAGUCUCAAGACACGCACCUCAACAUUCGUUCAGGCGGCUAGCGAACUGAAGGCUGUUUCUCGGAGCUGGGAGAAUCCGCUCUUUCAUUGGCUGGCCAAGCAGGCAUUUGAUGAGCUCAAGGCGGUGAGCGAGAUUGCCUGGCCGGACCACAACAAAGUCUAUCCCCAACUGGAUGGAUAAGCACCGAUUUUUAAUUCUAGUAUUAGUUUUCUAGAAACGCAUUUCAAAAAAACAUGCGAUUGAUUUGUAAACGGAAUAAUGAAACAGCAACAAUAAAGAAACAGUUCAGAUAC